CAUUGAGAAUCGAUCGCGUACAAAUCAUGAAUUUCGUUAUAUUUACGACCGGUUUAUUUUGCCUCUGGACAGCAAGUGUGUAUGCUGAUCCACUGAUUGUUGAUCUGCCAAAUGGAAAACUACGUGGACGCGAUAACGGAGGGUAUUACAGCUACGAAUCGAUACCCUAUGCAGAACCGCCGCUGGGUGACCUGCGAUUUGAGGCACCUAAGCCCUACAACCGCAUAUGGAAAGAUACCUUCAAUGCUUCCAAUCCUCCAGUGUUGUGCAUACAGUGGGACCAGUUCAUUGAUCCGCCGGAUAGGCUCGCAGGCAGCGAGGACUGUCUUACCGUGAGUGUGUAUAAGCCGAAGAAUUCCAGUCGUCAGAGUUUUCCCGUGAUUGCACAUAUACAUGGCGGUGCAUUCAUGUUCGGUGGAGCGGUUCAACAUGGACACCAGACACUCAUGGCCACUGGCAAAGUCAUUGUUGUGAAGAUCAGCUAUCGACUGGGACCUAUUGGAUUUUUGAGCACCGUCGAUUCAGAGAUAACUGGAAACUUUGGGCUUAAGGAUCAGCGACUCGCUUUACAAUGGAUCAAGCAGAACAUAGCUCGUUUUGGUGGAGAGCCGGAGAAUAUACUUGUAAUUGGUCAUUCAGCUGGAGGUGCCUCAGUUCAUUUACAGCUUCUUCAAGAGAACUUUAAGCAGCUGGCAAAGGUGGCUGUUUCCCUCAGUGGAAACGCUCUGGACCCAUGGGUUGUGCAGAAAGGAUCAUCUCGUCGCGCCUUUGAGCUGGGACGCAUUUUGGGUUGUGGAUUGCUAAGUAGUUCCAAGGAACUCAAGAAGUGUUUGAAGACAAAAGAUGCUUCGAGUAUAGUCAGAGCUGUUCCCUACUUUCUGGUCUUUGACUAUGUUCCGUUUGCUCCAUUUGGUCCAGUGGUCGAGGCUGUCAAUGCGCCCGACUCGUUUCUUACUGAGCAUCCCAUUAACAUCAUCAAAAGCGGAAACUUCUCCCAAGUUCCUUGGUUGACAUCCUACACAAAGGAAGAUGGCGGCUAUAAUGCCGCUCUUCUGCUAUCGAAACAGUCUAAUGGCAAAGAGGCGAUUGAGGAGUUAAACUAUCGUUGGAAUGAUCUGGCACCUUACUUUUUGUUUUAUCGCGAUUCUUUUAAGACUAUUGCGGAAAUGGACGAUUAUACCCGAGACCUCAGACAAAAAUAUCUGGGUAAUCGGAAUUUCAGUAUGGAGAGCUACUUGGAUGUGCAGCGCAUGUUUACGGAUGUGCUCUUCAAGAAUAAAACUCAACUAGCGAUAGAUCUGCAUCGUCAACAUGGAAAGAGCCCUGUGUACGGGUUUGUCUAUGAGAUAGCCGCAGAAAUGGCAAUUGGACAAUGGAUAGCUAAUCGCAAUGAUAUUUUCCUAGGUUCUGUUCACGGGGAUGAUUACUUCUUAAUAUUUGAAGCUGCAAUUCGUCUACCGAUUCGUUCCGAUGAGGUACGUGUGUCAAGGAACUUUAUAAAAAUGUUACUGGACUUUGUACAAACUGGUACACUGACCUAUGACAAUUGCGUGUUUCGAGACAAUGUGGAUCAAAAACUGUUCCAAUUGGUGUCGAUUAAAAGCGAUAAAUGUGUCAAUUUGCAAUUGAACGAGUUCCCUUAGGUAAUUUGCUCCAAGCUAAAUAACUGGUUAUAAGCGUUUUAAUUGUAGUUGCGAGUGUCAAAUAAAAUAAUUGCCUCAGUUA